GGGCUCACUGUCAAUCAAAUUAGGACGUGGAACCGUCACAUCCAUACUUGACAGUAUACAAAUACAGUAAGAGUCAGAGAUACUUUGGGACUUUACAAUGAAGAGCCGGAUUAUCGCCAUUUUGGCUCGAGCUUUUACGCUGGUAUCGCUAUCGAUCCCGAAUUCCCGAUGUUUCACGCCUGCGUCAAAUCGGGUAUCUUGCCUAGUUUCCGCGCGGCCUGUCGAACUCUAUCAAUAUUCUACUACUGCUCUACAAAUGGAAGAGAAAAAGUCGACGAAAACCCUGUCUUCUCCUCUUGAUCGGCCCGCACUUGCUGUGGUAGACUCGCUAGCGAUUUUGGGGUUUGCCGCUGUGGGCAAAGCAUCCCACGCGCCGGACGGAUCAUGGGACAUCGGGGCCGUCACUCUUACGGCGUUCCCCUUUUGGGCCGCUUGGCUAGCUACCAGCCCGCUAACCGGCGUAUAUUCUAUAAACGCAGUAACACAGGCCGACGGCAACUUAGUUCAAGCAGAGCUUGUGACCACAGGAAAAGGAUGGAUUGUUGCAGUGCCUUUGGGUAUUGCGCUGCGGGGCAUGAUUAAGGGAUACGUUCCGCCUCUUUCUUUUAUUGUGGUAACCAUGAUCGCGACUUUCGUGAUACUUGGAGGAGCUCGUAUCUUGUUUGCGUUUGCGGAAGACUUCUUUGUCGAGUUGGUGGAUUAGGUGUAGCGUAGAGGACUAGCUGAAGAAAUGUCUAGCAAGCCGUUUCAACGAAGAGGUAAACUGGGAGAAACGUGAGUGUUUACACUGGUACUGUAGUGUUUCAAGAACAAUCAGCUUGAAAACCGGCAUCUCCACGCACGAAACUCACUUUCAGUGUGU